GAAUACAGGAAGUGGAAUAAUCAGCUGAUACUGCUGCUUGUGUUGUUAAUGCCUGAAGUUGCUGUUUAAACAUUAAGCCCAUAGAAGGAAGACGGUGGACAUAUAAAAGCUGACAAACAAUAAGUGUCACAAGGGACGUGUUUCUUACCGAGGAAUUUGAAUUAGUGUCAACGCGGCAGAAGAGCUAGCUCCCAAUGCUGGUACCUUCGCGGGAAGGAAGAAAGAAAUACACCGUCGGAACCUGCUUUGUCCUUUUAUAACCUGAAUGGUCGACCUGUGUACUGAAUUUUGGGGCAUUUUUUUGUAUAUCUCAUUCUUAUUUCUACUUAAUCUUCACCGCAAUCAGAGCGGCUAACUCGUCGGCUAAUGUUAGCCAAUAGCCAGACACAGUGUUGUUGUCCUGCUUGGUGCUUUCGUAACUAGCAGGUAGUGACAGAUCACCUUAGCGAGUGCUGAGAAUAUAUAAGCAUAUAUAUCCUGAUGACAUUGUGUAUUUUAUUUAUCUCUGUAAUCAGGUCGCUCAACACGUAUCCCUGUGAGGGAAUCUAGCUGGUGAUCAUGCGUUGUGUGGCUCAUUUCUUUGCUUUUUGAGCCCUCAAGAUUACGCAAUUAAGCACUAGUUUGGCUGACAGCUGCUGUUGUACGUGGCUGGUUGUGCAAUUUGUUUGUGCAAAAGCAGCUAACUUAGUAAUCUUGGUUAAAAUUGUAAGCUGCAAGCCUUGGCUGACCUUAUGAGUGAUAUUGGUUAUAUUUAAUUGUUUAUUUUGUUCUCAUUGGUCCAAUUUUAAUGUUAGUAACACAUGUCGUGCAUUAAAGUGGCGACUUGUUUCUCGAAAGUGUCACACUGAUGCACACACAUGACUUUGGUAGCUGUACAAACACAGUGCCUGUCAAGUAGCCCCAGUAUAAUUUAGUGCACAUUGAUCAGGAAGGGAGAGAGACAGAAUCCUUCAGUGGGUUCCAUUGUGUCUUAAGGUGAGCCACCCCCCACUACUUGCCAAUGCUGGAUCUGGAGGUGGUACCUGAGCGAUCACUUGGAAAUGAGCAAUGGGAAUUCGCCUUAGGCAUGCCAUUGGCCCAAGCCAUCUCUAUUCUCCAGAAACACUGCCGCAUUAUCAAAAAUGUCCAGGUGCUUUACAGUGAACAGACACCAUUCAGCCAUGACCUCAUACUGAACUUGACUCAGGAUGGCAUUAAACUGCUCUUUGAUGCAACAAAUCAGAGACUCAAGGUGAUUGAAGUGUACGACUUGAGCAAAGUCAAGUUGAAGUACUGUGGAGUCCAUUUCAACUCUCAAGCCAUUGCCCCCACUAUAGAACAAAUAGACCAGUCAUUUGGAGCUACUCACCCUGGAGUUUACAAUGCAGCAGAGCAGUUGUUCCAUCUCAACUUUCGAGGACUGUCCUUUUCCUUCCAGCUAGACUCAUGGAACGAGGCUCCAAAAUACGAGAUUCCACACGGGGCCAUGGUGAAGAGGAUGCACAUCUACACUGGCAACAACCUACAAGAAACAAAAGCUCCAGCGAUGCCACUGGCAUGUUUCCUUGGUAACAUCUAUGCAGAGUGCGUGGAUGUCCUGAGAGAGGGUGCAGGACCCGUGGGCCUCAAACUCCGCCUCCUAACUGCCGGUUCUGGUCCUGGUGUGAUGGGUGAUGCUAAAGUGAGGUCCUUAGAAAGAAACAUCUACUUUGGAGACUCCUGCCAGGAUGUGCUCGGUGCUCUGGGAUCCCCACAUAAAGUCUUCUACAAGUCUGAGGACAAGAUGAAGAUCCACUCUCCAUCACCUCACAAGCAGGUUCCCUCCAAAUGUAACGACUACUUUUUUAACUACUUCACCCUGGGAGUGGAUAUCCUGUUUGACUCGACAACUCACCUGGUUAAGAAGUUUGUCCUCCAUACCAACUACCCAGGGCAUUAUAACUUCAAUAUCUAUCAUCGAUGUGAUUUUAAGAUUCCACUUGUCAUUAAAAAAGAAGGAGCUGACUCUCAGACUGACGACUGCAUAUUAACUACUUACAGCAAGUGGGAUCAGAUUCAGGAAUUGUUUGGCCACCCGAUGGAAAAGCCUGUUGUCCUUCAUAGGUCCUCAUCUGCCAAUAACACCAAUCCCUUUGGCUCUACUUUCUGCUUUGGACUCCAGAGGAUGAUCUUUGAGGUGAUGCAGAACAGCCACAUAGCAUCUGUGACCCUCUACGGUGCUCCACGGACCACCAGUCCAGCCCGACCCGAGUCCAGUAGCAGCUCCCACUGAACAAAGUAACCUGACACCAAAUCUCAUUCUGGCCUGUCCUGAAACCGUGCAGAGUUGAAACCAAGCAGACCAUAACCACCACAACAACGACAUGGCCAUUCUUGCAUUGAAUUCAGAAGCAACAACAGCAUUUGUUUUCCUGCUGGCUUGGGAGAAUUGCUCCGUAAAUCACAUCCAACACUCAGUGAGACAAACACUUUUUCUGGAUUGUGCUUUGAUUGUGUUUUGUUGGACGAUGAAUACCGAAAUGCGAGUUUUUGGCUUGGAGGAAUGUCACCGACUGGCGUGACGUGAUGGAAUCAGGUACAGCUCAAAAAAAACAAAAAGGGAGGGAAAGAUAUGCUUUGCCAUUUGUGACGUGCAGCUAAGAGCCCGUGUGAAGCUUUUAGGUAUGAACAUGUUGAGCAGCAAACGUCUUCUACCACUGCGGACUUGUGAGAGCCCCCACAACAAAAAAAAAAACUGGCCAGUGUCUCGAGACAAGACUGGCUUGAUCUUGUGAAUCAUCGCCAGCCAACCACACUGCCAGCCUGCCGCUUCUGCUCGUUUUCCUGCCACAGAAACCAUAAGAGGCAAAGCUGCCCAGCCCAGGAGGAGCCAUCCGACGCUGGGAGCAAAGCUUGGAGAUCCAGAUGGUUUUCGGUGAGAGACAACCCGAAAGCUCAAUAGCCAGGCCAGAUGUGAAGCCUCUGAAAGCAGAACUGUCCAAACAUUAUUGUCUCCCCCGUCCUCCCGCCUCCAGUGCUGUAAAAAAGCCCUGAAUGAGCACCUGCAUGACCUUGCCUGCUGAAGCCUCUCCUGUCAUUUCCACACGAUGAAGCACAGACACAAGGUCGCCUGCCAAGCUGACUUUGAGCAAAGGUCAGCCUGAGCGCCUGUUGGACUUUUCCACCUGGCCUUUUUAGCUCCAAACUUGUCGAAAUACACACAAACACUGCAUGAACCUGGCAACCGUGUUUUGGAUGAGAGGAACCUGAACAGAAAAGCACAAAUUGGCAACCUCCUUUGUUUCUUUUUAGUCCUGCAUGCUCCAGGGGCCCACGCCCCGUCUCUCCAUCUCAUUGCAUGACUCUUCCCAGGCUUUCUAAGUAUGACUUUGCACACAAGCGUAACACCUUGACUUGCGUGGUUAUUAGGCCAAAUCCUUCAAGGUGUUAUACAUUGAUUUUUAAUUUUUUUUAAAAAACAUAAAUCUUGGAGAGAGAGUUGAGGUUCUUCCAUGGUGCGUUGUGUGUUUAGACACCACUUCUGUUCUUUUGCCGUGUGUGUGUUGCGCUACACGACACACUGAUGCUAAUCAUCCUUCAGCAACAUCUGCAUCUUCUUCAUUUGUUGAGUUGCCAAAUGCAUAAGCCAAAGACAUUUCAGGGGCAUUUCUGCUCAUUACGGACAUUAUCACUGUUAACCUCUCGUUGUCCUCUGGAGAAAGGAGGCAGGUUAUUUUGCGUUCUAUGUCCUUGGGGGGGGUAAACAUCUAAAUUCAACGUAGAUUUCAAACAGCUGGCUGUGAUUGCAAAACCUCCAAAGGAGUAGCAGGGCCGUGCUGGAAAGAAAAAUAGGAAAAAGGUUGAAGAAAAGGAACUGCUUUGACAGUACAGUGUUUCCCAUACAUUCGGCCCGCCACAAAUAAAUGAAUGUAUCAUGCGUCAUGGCCAAUUAAGUGAAUCAGGAGAUGACAUCAUCUGGAACAAAGUCAUGCUAAAGUCAAAAGGUUAGAUUUGUGAAGGGAAUAGACGUAACGUAAAUGAAAAAGUUGUCAAUGACCAGAUGACAUGUCACGACGAUAAAGUUGCGAGAUUAAAACGGUAACCUGAGAGAAGCUAAUUUGAGUUUAAUGAGUGCAAAUGCUUUUUUUUCCCCUCUUUUGAAAUUGUAUUCAUAAAAUUACACCUUUUUCUUGCAAAAGUACCACUUUAUUCAUUCUGAUAAUGUGGGCAAUUUAAUAUUUGUAUGUUUCUCUCUAAAUUGUCCAUAGGUAUGAAUGUGAAUGUGAGUGUGAGUGGUUGUUUGUCUAUAUGUGGAUCAAUUGGCUGGCGGCCAUUCCAGGGUGUACCCCGCCCCUCACCCGAAGUCAGCUGGGAUAGGCUCUUGCAAACAUAGUGAGAAUUAAGCAGCGUAGAAAAUGGAUGAAUGGAUGCCCUUUUGUCUUGUGAUAACACUUUUAUUCAAGUCAAAUUAGUGAGUUUUUUUUAACUUCAUAUUUGUACUAUUAGCCUUUUUUCAUGCAAUAUUAGAGCAUCGUUUCCAUAAAUCUUCACUUUUUUUAUUGUAAGUUGGACAAAUGUAUUCUCGUUAUUGGCCAAGUGCUCUUUUGUACACAACAUCUUAUUCACAAAAAUAAUUUGGAUUUGAUUAAUUGUUUUUGGGGGGGGGGAGGAUGAAGCAGGCAGUGUUUGUGAGUGAUUUUUAAAAUUCCAAACAAGUCCUCUGCAUUAGAGGCUCUUUCACACCUCCGCGAGUCAUCCCCCUCCUGUAACAUAACACAUUGUACACAAGAGUGGAUGCGUUAAAAAACAAAAAAAACCUAAACGUGUUCUUUUACUUCAUUUCUCAAUGCCGUAAACAGGCUGUCACGCUUCUGAUUGUUUGUUGUGGUCACCAUAGAAACUACUGCACUCUGUAGACUGCACGUGUUUGAUCCUGUUUGCGCUACGGAAUCAUAAAUAGUCGAUUCACCAGCAGGGAAACACCAUCCUUCUCAUUCGGACUGCAUGGCGGGGUUGUACAAGUUGUUUAUGCAGAAUGUUUCCAAUCAGAAAUAUUGCAGGAUUUGUCGUCCCUCCUGGAUAUAUUUGUAAUACAGUAUUUAUUAUAAAGAUCCUGUUCAAACACUUGACUUUGGUGUACAUUUGAAGAAAGAAAGCAGAAAAGAACAAAACUUUGUGCCUCAUCUCCCGCUGAGCCCGUGUCUGACGUCUGUAUCAUUAUCUCCCCUGGACACAGUGGAAUACUAGUGUGUGCGUGUGCUCGUGCGUCAAAUUAGAACGUCUUUAAAAAGUUCAUUUACUUCAGUAGUUUAGUUCAAAGAGUGAAUCCCGUGCUACUGAUGCAUUACACACACAGUGGAAUAUUUUCAAAAGUAUAUUUCUUAAUUUUUGAUUAUUAAAAAUUUUAUUAAAAAUUCAGUAUCUCAUAAAAUAUAGAAAAAUGAUCAGUUAUUGCUUCUGGUUCACACACAAAUCAGCAAAUAAACUGCAAAAAAAAGCCUUUCAUUAAUCUGAAAGUCGUUAUUUAUACAUUCAUUUUGUUGAUUGUUUUAUCGUUUUAAUUACUUUUGGGGUUUUUUUUGUUUUUUUUUAAGAAAUUAAACAAAUUGUGUGGGGGGGUAUCACAGCAGCAUCGUACAUUAUGCCAGCGUGGCGUAACUUUUAUUUUGCCUGUUGAGAAUUACUGCAUUUUCUACAUCACAUUAAAUGUUUUUGUACUUUUUUUUGGGAGGGGGUUGUUAUCUCUUGAGUGGCUGGCAUAGUAACGCCAACAAAUAAUCACAAGGACGCCUAACAAGCCGGAGUUUAUCAUCUGUACAGUCACUUUUUGAGUAGACUACUUGUAGUUGUGUUCUGAUCUGAAGGAAACUCCUCAUCUAGUCUGCUUUUAGGGCUUCACGUUAUGCAAAAGCUGCUUUGCUUUGCAGGCCGACGCGUGGAAAGGAAGAACGAAGUUUGUUAGCUUUCUCUUAUUCCACUUUGAUAACGAGUGUCGAGUCGGAAGAAGCGGCGAUGAGGUCAUGCAUGUGGUCACCCAUUGAUCAUGAGAGCAUCAACUCAGGUGGACAUAUCACAACCUUGCUUCUAUCUUAAGAACAUUGAGGGAGACGAAGUGGGGUUUUUUUCAUUUCAUGGGAAGGUGAACGAGUAUUAUCAUGAAGUUUUUAAUUUAUAAUACACGGCCUCAUCGUGGUUGGAAUUAUACUUUGUAUUGUCUCUUUUGUUCCCAUUUCCCUGCAGUUAUCCUUCCAUUGUGUGCAUUUGUUUCGAUCCAUUCCUGGAAAUGACUUUCAAAAGUUGCAUUUGAUUAAAACAUGAACAUGACUGAAAUGUGAUCUAGUAGAUUUUGAAUGCUCGUUACUUUGUGUAAGACGAAAUAACAUAAAUACUCAGCAUUUCAACUGGAAAAAAGGCAAUAAUGAAAUAAUGCAGUGCAAACCGAGUUUGUGGACGAAAAAGCAUUGCAAAAAUGUUGCUUGCUGACAUAAACUGUGGCUGUACUUUUUGACUUUUGACAUCCAAGCUUCUCUUUUCAGAACAAGAAAGAUGUUGAAGAAAUAAAACAAGGUGGAUGUGACAAAUGUCAACCAAAUCAAGUCAUUCAUGGAGCACAUCUGCUGUCAGUGUGAUGUUUCCACAAUGAUAAGGCAAUUUGCAUGAUUAUUAGUUUCAUUAUUAAGCAAUAACUGUGCUCUUGGUCAAUCCAAAAAUGUUAAUAAACCUCAAACUUGAAUACUUAAGGAAGUGAAAGUGAGGUUUUGGCUUUUGUGGAGGAUAUCUCUGUGUGCACAAUUACUCGGCAGCUGUGCAGGACUUAGGCAACUCAAAGAAAAACAAAAAUAUCCCAUCUUACUACUUUAUUUUCUUUUUUUUAAGUCAUAAAGAUACACCAACAACACAAGCUUUACAAAUAAAUAUUUCUGACAUUUCCAAAAAUCAAUCAGUGAGCAAUAUAGCCACCCUUCUUUUCAAUAACACGGAAAAGCCUUCCAUCCAUGGAGUUUCUUGAUCAUUUGACCAUCAACUUUUAGUGCAGCAGCAACCAAAGCCUCCCAGACUCUGUUCAUCGAGGUGUACCUUUUUUCUUCGCUGUAAAUCUUACAUUUAAGGGCCCACAAGUACACGAUAGGGUUUAGGUCAGUUGAACAAGGGGGUCAUGUCAUUUUUUGAAGGCCUUUUUAAGGCCUUUACCAGCUGGCCCACGCAGUGGAGUACUUGGAUGCAUGAGAUGGAGCACUGCUUUGCAUAAAAGUCAUGGUCUUCUUGAAAGAUGCACACUUUUUCCUGUACCGCUGUGUGGAGGAAAACAAAGUGGCAGU